AUGGAGGACAAACCUAGCAGGAAGGACAGCUCUCCCGAGCGAAGUGCAGAAUUGGCCACUGUCAGCUCCGGAAAAAUUGACCAGGCGAGCCAAACGGGGCCCAUAAUGAAGGAGAAUGGAACCCAGACGACAGAGCCCAUACCACCCAUGCCGGUGAAACCUACUCCCGGACCUUCCCAUGAAAGGAUGGAUCUGGACGAGGUUUCCUCGGACUCAGACACGGGUCCAUUUGACCCUUUUAAGAAACCUCGUCAACCCGCCGAAAAACCUGAUUGGUGGACCAAAGAAGACUCUUCAAGUCACCAAUCAGAGAGGUACAUUCGACCCAGGAGGCGCAAAUGCUGGAGAAAGCCGUAUGCGAAGCCAAGGGAAACGGGCUACAGUCGACCUCCCGAACCUACGUGUUUCCUGAACGCCAGAGGGGAACCAGUUCCAGGCCCAUCCCGAGAACCAGCUCCAAGCCGAGCACGAAGCCCGGAACCAGUUCCAGGCCCAUCCCGAGAACCAGCUCCAAGCCGAGCACGAAGCCCAGAACCAGUUCCAGGCCCAUUCCGAGAACCAGCUCCAAACCGAGAACGAGGCCCAGAACCAGCUAUAGGCCAAGCACCAGGUCCACCACCAGUCCAAGCACCGGUUCCAGCCCCUCGACGCCUCUGUUGGAAUUGCCAGAGACCAGGGCACAACUUCAGCGCGUGCCCCGAACCAAGGACCGUCUUCUGCCAGAUGUGUGGCCGACGAGGGUACACCGCCAGAACCUGCCCGAAAUGCGGCAAACGAUGGGCGUCAAUGGGACCGCAUGUUCCGAAAUACGGGAGGAACAUCCCAAGGGACCACCAACACCCAUACAGACGACACCGUUGA